CUGGCAUCAGGAUGCUCACGUUGUCUAUGUCGACCAACCUUUCGGAGUCGGAUUUUCUCGAAUUCCAGAACAAACUAAAGUUGAAAAUGAAACUCAAGUUGGUGAAUAUGUCUAUAAAUUCCUCGUAAACUUUUUCAAAGUUUUUCCUAAGUUACAAACUAAAGAGAUUUACCUUGGUGGAGAAAGUUAUGCCGGUUUUUAUGUUUCUUAUAUUGCGAAAUAUCUUCUUGAUGUCAAUGAUUCCAAGGGGAUAUUUAUCAAUGAUCCAGUGCUAGAUCAAUACUGGCGUCAAAUCCCAUCUUCUACACUUGCUUAUUUUGCGGAACAAAAUCUAUUGAACUCUACAGCUCAAGAAACGCUUCAACGUCAAUACAACAAAUGUUUGCCAUUAUAUCAAUCCAAAAAAUCUUCUGAAGCAACCGGAACAGAUUAUUUUAAUGGCACUGGCGAGUGUGAUAUUCAAGUUAUCGCUUAUUCGGAUGUUCGGGAAUCAACAAAUCCUUGUUUCUUUGAAUAUGAUAUUAGAGAAAAUUGUCAGACUAAUCCACCACCCCAGCAACCUCUCAAUUUAGAACCAAUCAAUUACACGGAAUACUUUCAAGACCCGCGAGUACGUAAGGCACUUCAUGUACCCGAAGAAGUUUCACCAUGGGAUGUCUGCGUAUCUGGAAUUUUGGACCCAGUUGAUCCUUCGCUCGUACCUGUCAAUAUACUUCCAUCUAUUAAUGAACGAGGAGUUAAGAUUUUAAUUUGGACUGGUGACAAAGAUGCAAUUCUUAACCAUAUUGGCAUCGAAUGGUCAAUUGGAAAUCUAACUUGGGCAGGCGCGACUGGAUUUCUGGAGAAUGUCACACGACCUAUAUGCGAUGCUAAAAACCAAGUUGUGGGCAAAAUCCAGACUGAACGAAACCUUACAUACAUUUUAAUUCAUAAUGCUGGCCAUUUUCUGACUGCUGACCAGCAAGAGGUUUCGCGUAUGGUUUUGCGAAAUGUUGUGUUUGAUGAUCCC